GGAAAACGGCGUGGAAAGCGUGGAUCAAUACCUCGAUUCCGCACGAGCACAGCGCCGCUUCCGGUUGGCAAAGAUACCUGUACUCCCGAAUCCGAACUCUAACACUCGCGAAAUCUACUCGAGAAUCUCUUCGUCGUCCCAUCUUGUGAUUCUUCCACGAUUAUUGCUAUCACACAAAAUGUAUUGGGUCCUGUGUCUUUCCGUGGCUGUUACUGUUCAAGCAUCGGUAUAUUUGUCUCCACCACUUAAGGAAGAGCAAUUGUUAACCGAUACUCUUCUCCGAGAGCUGAUCAAUCAAAUGGGAAGCGAACUGGUGGAUACAGCAGAUUCUUAUCUGGAGUAUCAAGACAAACCGAAAGAAAUUCCUAUGGAAUUACCUGCUGACUAUGAUGGUAUAGACACUUUGAACCCCAAUCCUAGCAUUCGCGAUCAGGAGUACUUGCAACAUAGCACGUUAUGGAGUCACCAACGUGUCAAUAAUAACGAUAAGGUGGAUGAUAGACAGAGAAUUAAACCUGGAAGCAUAAAGAAUAUCAAGGAUGAGAAAGAAAAUGCUUUGCCUGCAUAUUGCACACCACCGAAUCCUUGUCCGGUUGGAUAUACGAGUGAAAAUAAUUGUAUCGUGAAUUUCGAAAAUACAGCGGCAUUCAGCCGGGAUUAUCAAAGCGCGCAAGAUUGUAUGUGUGACACGGAACACAUGUUGGAUUGUCCAGUUGACUCCGCAAACAGCAACAGUAUGCCAAGCAUGCAUAUCCCAAACUCUAAUUUCAACCAAAUCGUCGAUCAGUUCCAAGCUGAAGAAAAUCCGUUUUUCCGAGGUGAAAAGUUGCCGAUCGCAGCGAAGAAAGGUUUAAAUGUCGUCUAUUAAAAUACCGGGUAUAUUCCACUGGAGACUAUUAAGAUGCAAGGAUUGCGGAACUUUACAGUAUUUUAACAUAUAUCAAAAAACAUCCUCAAUCGAAAGUGUGAUUCAGUAAAAGGAAAAACACAGAGAAGCAUAAAUGAAUCUGCAGCUAGAACAGAUUUUACAUAAUCUGGAAACCUGGUGCUAAAUAAAAUUACAUAAAUAUUUUAAUAUUAUAUUACUAAUUUUAAUGCAGAGUAAUGACUUCAAAUCAGUGUACAUAUAUUAAACAAGAGAUAUAUUAAAUAUUCUAAAUGUGUUAUGUUUUUAAGAAAUAUAUAUAUUCUGCUGCUAAAAAUUAAUUACUAAAUUUCUAUUAAUCCACAAAUUCUCUAGAAUCUAGAAUAUUAUUGCUGUUUCUCAAGAUAAUAAGUAUUGGCAAUUAUGUUUAUAAAUGUUAGAUAAUUGAUCUAUCUGUAAAAUAUAUUUGUAAUAUCUUUUUUUCGAUAACAUACUUAACGUUUGAGCUACAUCUGGUAAGAUAAGAAUUUUAGAAAUGUAUUAUGUACUUAUGAGUUGUACUUUAUUUUCACGGUAAUGUAAAAUCAGGUAUUAUCCCUAUUAUUUACAAUAUUCAAAAAUAUAUACGUAUUUUAAAGUGA